CCGGGCUAGCCCGUGGCGUUUGUUUCCCCUGGCAAGAAGCGCUGCUUCCCGACCCGCUGCGCUUUGUGUGCGCGCGAGCGGGAGUGACUCGGCGACAAGGCGUCAGCUCAGAGCGGGCUGCGAGUGAGGGGAAGGCGGCGGCGGCGGCAACAACACUAUGAGCGGGGUUGGGGCGGCGGCCAGCGUCGCUGCCGCUUCUCUUCUGGUCGGGAAAAGCGAGAAGCUGGACGAGGCUCAAGCGCUGGCCCGCAGCUGCGCUGGAAGACCCGACUUUCAGCCUUGCGAUGGGCUGUCGCUGUGCGCCACCCACAGUCACGGCCGCUGCUUCCGUCUGCACUGGUGCUGCCAUCUGGGCUGGUGCCAUUGUAAAUAUGUUUAUCAGCCUAUGACUCCAGUAGAACAGCUUCCAAGUACAGAAAUACCUGUUCGGCCUCGAGGAACCAUAAACACUAUUCAGAUCGCUGUCUCUCUCACAGAACACUUUUUGAAGUUUGCACCUGUCUUCCAAGCACCAUUACCACCAGACUCCCCACGGUUUUGCACAAUUUCAGACCUCUUUAUUGACAAUUACCGUGUGAAAUGCAUCAAUGGGAAGAUGUGUUAUGUGCAGAGGCAACCUCCUGCUCUCUCCUAUAAGAUGAAGCCCCAGGAGGUCCCCACACGCAAUGCCUUAAUUUUGAGAGAGAAUAACACACCAAAAAUAGAUCAUUGCUCAUCCCCUUCCAGUUCUGAGGAUUCUGGGAUCAAUGCUGUUGGGGCUCAUUAUGUAGAGUCAUGUGAUGAAGACACAGAAGAAGGAGCAGAGCUAAGUUCAGAAGAAGAUUAUAGUCCAGACAGUAGCUGGGAACCAGAUGAGUGUCCCCUUCUAUCACCCUCACAGUGUGAACUAGAAGUAAUUGAAACCAUAGAAACCACAGUGUGAAAUUUUGAGCUGGGAGCUAGCUAGGCAUAUUAAAAUAACACUGGUUUUCUAACAUUUA